UUCCUCCUCCAUGUGACCCUCCCUCUCUCUCCCUUCCCUCCCUCACUCUCCCCAUUAAACCUAAAUCUCAAUCUCCCUUCCCUCCCUCACUCUCCAUAGUCCAUACUCCAUACCAUACAUUCCCGCGCCUUGCCCCUCUCUCUCUUCUUCCAUGGCUUCUCUAGCUCUGUUCUCCAGGCUUAUUCUACUGGUUUGUCUCGUGACGUGUCUGGGUUUGAGCCGCCAUGUAAGUGGCGCAGAGAUGGACAAAACGAGCAUGAAGCUGAUGUCUGAUGCUCUGGAAUGGCCGACCACAAUGUCGCUCUACGAUGAGCUGGAGGAUGCCGAAGAAGAUGCCAUGGACGGUGGUUUCAGCCGGAGAUCUCUGUACUGGCACAGAAUGAGGUACUACAUCUCCUACGGUGCGCUCUCAGCCAACAGAAUUCCCUGCCCUCCACGCUCCGGCAGAUCUUACUAUACCCACAACUGUUUCAAGGCGAGAGGCCCGGUUCACCCUUACUCUAGGGGUUGCUCUGCCAUCACGCGUUGCAGAAGAUGAACCUUUUCCUUCGAUAUCUUAGCUAUAAAGUUGCUUGCUUUGUGAUAACGUGAUAUCGUAGUGAUUAUUAGUGUGUGCGUGUCUUGAUUGCCUGGGUUUUGAGGUUAGAUUAUGAGAUGGAUUCGUGGAUGUUGUGGCAAUAACAUGGACUCGUUGCUGCUGAAACGCGAGUGCCUUUUCUGUUGUCAUAGAUUUAUUCCUUUGUAUAAAUUAUUGGAAACUUCCAAGUCUAUAAUGUGAUUGUUCUUGAUCAAUGUUGAGCAUCGACUUGUUUGAUUUGUGCA